CCCACACCGGCCGUCCACCCCCAGACACCCGCGAAACCACUCGAACCCGCGCGCACAAGACGAAGCCAUCGCAUGCGCAGCCGCUAGAGCGCCUCUUUCCAGCUGCCGCGGUCCUUCCGCGACCACCGCCAAGCGCCUGACGGCAGAGCGCUUUCACCCGCCGCCCACGGCCCUCGACGCUGCAUCCGCGCACACCUACGCCCGCCUCACCUCCCCCGGUGCGCGUCUGGCCCUUAUGUCGGAUCACAGCGCGAAGCGCCAACGUUUGACGGGUUCGUUCAGCCCGGCCUCACCACCCUUCUACGCCAAGACUAGCGAGACAAAGACGCCUAUCAUCCACCCCAACACCCCGACCUCGCCGCCGUAUCCUUCGAUGAAUUCGCAGUCAAAUGGCGGCCCUGCCACGACUGCGACUGGCCCGUCGUCCGAAAUGACCCCGCCGUCCUCGGUGUCCAUGUCGCAGCAAGUCUCCCAGUCGGGCCACCUGCCCACCAACCCGCCGCCUUUCCCCACGCCAGCGAGCACAGCAGGACCCUCGACGACCCUCAAUACCGACAGUGAUGGUGAUGCGAUGAUGGAGGAUGGCCAGGAGGACGACGCAGUGCGGUUAGGCGGUCACAGACGCUCCAACCACAACCGGCAAAACAGAAGCAUUUUCUCGCCCGACGGGGGUGUUGCGGCGGCAAAGGGUGUGUGCGGCAGCGAGCUGUUCAAGGUCUGCCAAAGCACCCACGAGGUAUCCCGACCGCAUGCUUCACAAAAUCUGUUCGAGCUCUACGGACUGAACCCUCUUGCUCGGUCUGUGGCGAGAACAGAUCCGGUUACUGGGGAGAAGAUUAAUAAGCUGAGGAAGUCUUACGAGGGGCACAUCAAGACCCUACAGAUUGCCGGCAAGCCGAAAGCAGUGAAGAUGGAUGGGUCGCUAACGAUGCCGUUGAUGAUGCCCGAUUUCGAGUUCGAACAGCUCAAGGUGUAUGGAAAGGAGAUGCACAAAGCCCUCAAUACCGAACAGACCGCCCUGGCACCGGGUUUCAAUAGUCUUCUCGACAGCGCAUUUGGCGGCAUGGCUCCCGGCCCUCUGCCUCCUGCCGAUUCCGCGAAAUAUAGAGCAUAUCUUGGUACGGAUGAGGGGGUAAAGCCAAAAGAUGGACCACCCCACCGACCGCUACCAUCGGCCUCCGCCACACCAAUCCCACAUACUCCCUCCGCACAACCGAGGCCAUCACGACCAGAAAGGGCAGGGUCGAAGAGGCAAUACACGGAUGUUUCAUUCCAAGGCUACGGCGAAGGCUUCGCAGACGACUACGCGGAAUCAACAGGCGGAGAAGACAACGCACAAGGCGGCAUAGCAAAGAAGAGGAGGUUAGGCUUCGAACGAACAUCACAUCAGGUCGAAGUCGGCGGCGUACGUCGUUAGCAUAUUUUGAUCUUUGGGCGACAAUCUCUAGAGGAAGGCGUUUGCGAAUCUGGGUACCCACGGGCGUUGGCGGAAUCGCAGAAAAUGGGGUCUUACGACACAGUUAUGUCUUUUUGGAGCAUAUAUGCGCCCCGCCUAUUUAGGGGUGCUACGCUUUUCUGCAUCAUACUCACACCGCGUUAUGGAUACUGGGGUCGCGGAAUGAGUGGCUGAAAGGGUCCUUUUCUUAUACCUGUGCAUAUUGGGCCGCAAGUCCCGAGUGAUACCCUUUUAGGCCGCACGGAAGUAGAAAAUCCAAAUGACCAUCGAAUCGUUAAAUUAUAUUGCGGGAGUGCUUGGUAGAAUACAAAGUCUAAACACG